UAAUAUAGUUCAAGUCUGAAUACCUAUGUAUUUUCAACAUCUGUGAAAAUCACGAUUCGUAAGUAUAAAAGACAGCACCGAGAUCCAUCAAACCAUCAGUCGCAAUUUGUCGGACUAUUAACUAAAAAUGCUUCGAUUUCUUGUCUUCAGUGUUUUAGUUGUAUCAGCACUGGCGUUGUCAAUUCGUCAGAAUGCUCACCACUGCAACACCGACUCAGAUUGCCCCGCGUGUGUUGGCAACGAUCAGUACUGUAUGGACCAUAAAUGUUACUGCCACGACAACAGUCAUGGUAAUGGAAAGAGACAAGCAGAAACAUGCAAGACAGAUGUAGAUUGCGCAGGUCACACAUGUCAUCAUGGAGCCCCUCACUGUGAGAUCCAUGAUCCUAACAUGGAACAUGGUCAUUGUAACUGUCACGUCCCACAUAAGAGACAAGCAGAAACAUGUAAGGUAGAUGCAGAUUGCGCUGGUCACACAUGUCAUCAUGGAGCCCCUCACUGUGAGGUUCAUGAUCCUAACAUGGAACAUGGUCAUUGUAACUGUCACGUCCCACAUACGAGACAAGCAGAAACAUGUAAGACAGAUGCAGAUUGCGCAGGUCACACAUGUCAUCAUGGAGCCCCUCACUGUGAGGUUCAUGAUCCUAAUAUGGAACAUGGUCAUUGUAACUGUCACGUACCACAUAAGAGACAAGCAGAAACAUGUAAGGUAGAUGCAGAUUGCGCAGGUCACACAUGUCACCAUGGAGCCCCUCACUGUGAGGUUCAUGAUCCUAACAUGGAACAUGGUCAUUGUAACUGUCACGUCCCACAUACGAGACAAGCAGAAACAUGUAAGACAGAUGCUGAUUGCGCAGGUCACACAUGUCAUCAUGGAGCCCCUCACUGUGAGGUUCAUGAUCCUAACAUGGAACAUGGUCAUUGUAACUGUCACGUCCCACAUACGAGACAAGCAGAAACAUGUAAGACAGAUGUAGAUUGCGCAAGUCACACAUGCCAUCAUGGAGCCCCUCAUUGUGAGAUCCAUGAUCCUAACAUGGAACAUGGACAUUGUAAUUGUCACGUCCCACACACGAGACAAGCAGAAACAUGUAAGACAGAUGCUGAUUGCGCAGGUCACACAUGUCAUCAUGGAGCCCCUCACUGUGAGGUUCAUGAUCCUAACAUGGAACAUGGUCAUUGUAACUGUCACGUCCCACAUACGAGACAAGCAGAAACAUGUAAGACAGAUGUAGAUUGCGCAAGUCACACAUGCCAUCAUGGAGCCCCUCAUUGUGAGAUCCAUGAUCCUAACAUGGAACAUGGACAUUGUAAUUGUCACGUCCCACACACGAGACAAGCAGAAACAUGUAAGACAGAUGCAGAUUGCGCUGGUCACACAUGUCAUCAUGGAGCCCCCCACUGUGAGGUUCAUGAUCCUAACAUGGAACAUGGUCAUUGUAACUGUCACGUCCCACAUACGAGACAAGCAGAAACAUGUAAGACAGAUGUAGAUUGCGCAAGUCACACAUGCCAUCAUGGAGCCCCUCAUUGUGAGAUCCAUGAUCCUAACAUGGAACAUGGACAUUGUAAUUGUCACGUCCCACACACGAGACAAGCAGAAACAUGUAAGACAGAUGCAGAUUGCGCAGGUCACACAUGUCAUCAUGGAGCCCCUCACUGUGAGGUUCAUGAUCCUAACAUGGAACAUGGUCAUUGUAACUGUCAUGUCCCACAUACGAGACAAGCAGAAACAUGUAAGACAGAUGUAGAUUGCGCAAGUCACACAUGCCAUCAUGGAGCCCCUCACUGUGAGAUCCAUGAUCCUAACAUGGAACAUGGACAUUGUAACUGUCACGUCCCACAUGUUAGGGCAGCAGAAACUUGCACAGUAGAAGCCGAUUGCGCAAAUCACACAUGUCAUCAUGGGUCCCCUCAUUGCGAAAUUCAUGAUCCUAAUAAUCAACAUGGACAUUGCAACUGUCACGUUCCACAUAACAGACAAGCAGAAACAUGUAAGACAGAUGUAGAUUGCGCAAGCCACACAUGUCAUCAUGGAGCCCCUCACUGUGAGAUCCAUGAUCCUAACAUGGAACAUGGACAUUGUAACUGUCACGUCCCACAUAAGAGACAAGCAGAAACAUGUAAGACAGAUCCAGAUUGCGCAAGUCACACAUGUCAUCAUGGAGCCCCUCACUGUGAAAUUCAUGAUCCUAACAUGGAACAUGGUCAUUGUAACUGUCAUGUCCCACAUAACUAAACUGAUGUCGAUGUCAUAAAUGAUCGAAGAGUUUCAAUCUUUGUUAUUGUUUGGUAUUUACAUUUUUUAUGUCUUAAUAAUUUAUAAUAUAAAAUAAAGAAAUAAAUGAAAAUUGAAA